UUGCACACAGCUGCAAGAGAAGGCAACUUGGAAGACAUUCAGGCCCUCAUCGACUCUGGCUCGAAAUUAGAUGAUAGGGACAAGCACUCACGAACGCCGUUGCACAUGGCUUCGUGGGCUGGGCAUGUGGCUUGUGUGGAGGCGUUGAUCGUAGCUGGGGCCAAUGUCCAUUCUGCAGCAAUGGAUGAUAUGAGCAGCCUGCAUUUUGCUGCACAGCAGGGCCACCUUGAUGUCUGUAGAGUGCUUUUGAAUACAGGCGUGAAAAUGAACUCAAAGACUAGGAAGGGAACAAAUGCCUUACAGUUUGCAGCAAAGAAGGGUCAUGUGGAUGUUGUGCGGUAUCUCAUACGCCGCAAAGCGAAUGUGUCAGCAAAAGACAGGAAUGGCAAGACAGCCAUGGACCUGGCAUCUGACGAGGCAGUAAAGGCCGUCUUG